AUGUAUCCCCUAGCGCCAGGACUUCCAAGAGCCAGAUCCGGACUAAGGACUUCGAUGAAACAGCCUUUUAUCACUCUUUUACUUCCUCUUUCAUCACAUCAAUAUAUCGUUAGAAAGAAAGGAAGCAAGGUGGUAAGAGUUAGAACAAGGUAUAAGUGGUAUCGAAACAAGAGAAGGGAGUCCGGAUAUCCUGGCAUCAACAAUCAAUAUAGGACUUACAAGGGUACAGGGGUGAGGCCUCGACGAGCAAAGUACAAGGAAGGCUGCUAUCCAGAGUAUCAAUAUUUUCUGAAAGGACCGGUUGAAGGGUUGGAGGAUUGCUUUGUCCUAUCAUCCAUGGAAUGGAGAGGCCAGCAUUAG